AUGGGUGAUGAGUCAGGUUACGAUAUAUGUGAAUGUAUACAAUCUCACAACGGGGCCAUGCGCCAACUGUUGGGAAUAUUAAGACAGACUCAAGAGUAUUGUAGUGACAGCUCGUGCGUUGAUGAUUUAUCUCAUACACCUCAAAGUAACCAAGAUCCAAUGUCCGGUACCUACAUCAUGACGUUCGUGGCGAUGCUAGCGGUUUUCGCUGCAGUACUGUUUGGCUUGCCACGCUUUCGGUCAUCAGAUGGGAAGCCUCGCAACAACUUCCAGGCAUUGCUACGAAAUUAGUCGUUACCUUCGAAUUUUCAAUUAUAUGUUUGGAUCAACACAGCCUUCUCGUCUCAGGGGUUUUGUUUACGAAAUUGAGAGGACGAAAAGCCUAUGUCUGGCGCUUUAACCGGGUUGGUGGAUACUGAGGAUCCACCUAGGGGAGUUGGAAAAUCCUUAUUCCAAGCCAAUGGUGCACAUAUUCUCUUGGAUCCUGAAGGAACAAAUGGCGUAUGAACCGAUUCUUGGUCACCGGUUAUCAUGGGACUGC